AUGACCAACUUACUUGUUAAAUUAUCGCUUUUCUUCCUCGUAAUAACCAUACCAUUCUAUGUAUCAGCCUAUCCGACUGGAGCUGGUACAUGUAAUGUUGACGAAAUGGCUACUAAAGGUCAUGGACCAUCUAAGAUUCAAGGUUUCGGAGGUUAUUCCAUUUCUACCUCUAAGCAAGGACAGUCAUUAAAUAUAAAAAUCUCAGGUCCGAGCAGUUCGACAAGUGUUAAGGGAGUUCUUAUUUACACAAUAGAUUCGAAUGGUAAGGAUACUGGAUCAUUUACAAUUCCGACUGGAUACAAAAAUUGUCAAGGACAAAAUACGUUGACGCAUACAAAUGCUAAUUCAAAAUCCUUGCCGCUUACAUAUACCUGGACACCUUCUGGAACUUCUGGAAAUGUAACCGUUCGUGGUAUUGUUGUCCAGGACUUUUCAAAUUGGGUUAAAUUACAGGAAAUUAACUUUGAUUCAUCAAGCGGAACCUUUAGUAGCAGUAAUAAUACUAACUUUCAAUCCGGAUCCGGAUCUGAUUCUGGAGUGGGAAGUUGGUUUAAAAAUUAUUUAUUGUUCAUCAUUUUGAUGAUUAUUACUGUCAUAUUAUACAUAGUUGGUAGUGUCACCGAAACUAUGUUGAAAAACCAACGUUCUAAAGCAAAAAUUUAUAGGAAUAAUUAA